GACAACGCUGGUUGCGACAGCUGCACCGCCCUGGUUCUCGUUUUCGUCUUCUGCUGGUGUUUUAUAGGUGCUUCAUAAGUGAUGUUUAAUAUAAAUAAACUGCUGACUAAAAUUUCCGAUGCGAAGAACCAAAGUCCAGCGAAGCCCCCCAGCCCGUCGGAGACAUCGGAAGCUAAUGGAGCUAACGAAGCAAGCGCUGAGGGAUUCCUGUGCCCAUCUUGCCUGCGGGCCUUCCCGUCAGCUGAUGCACUUCAGGACCAUUACGAGACAAGCCACGGCAGUGGUCUGGAGGUGGUGUGUCCAACCUGCCGCAUGCGGCUUGGCUCUGAGGUUGAGCUUGAGAGCCACUGUGCCCGCCACCAUGCAGUGGCACCACCUGACAAUGAGCCAGCGGCCGUGGAGCACCUUCAGCGUGAACUGGAAGCACUGCACGCAUCCCUGCGCGAGGAGCGUUCCUGUUCUGAGGAACUACGGACGGAGGUUUCGAGAUUGCACGGGGCAAUUGUCAGCAAAGGCGACUCGGUGGAAGCAGAGAUGCUGAGGUCCCAGGUGCGAGCCUUGGAAGAAGGGAAGGCACUUUUGACUUCAGAGUUGGUUCUAGCAAGGCAGCAAUUGGGGAAUGACUUGCAGCAGGCACAUGCAGAAGCCACCCAGCUGAAGACCCAGUUGGAGCAGCUGCUGCAGUCCCAACCAGCAUUUGUGGAGAAGCUGUCACAGAGCGUGCAGACUGAAGCUGAAAGUCCUCCAGCAUCGACACAAGAGGUGUGCCGACUAGACGCCCAGGUACAGGCAUUGAUAGUAGAACCCACGUGCCCUGUUCUCACUGAGGGCAGCAAAGAUGAUGACAGCCGAGCAGCAGCCCUGGCUGCUCUGAUGGCUGAGAAGCAGACGCUUCAGCUCAAGUUGGAAGAGGCCGACCGACGUCUGGCCGAAGCCAAGGCGCGAGCAGACAAGAGGGAAGUGCAACAGCGAGAGGCCCUGGAGAGGAGCGACGCUGAGCGGCAGCGGCUCCUACAGGAGGUGGAAGCUUCUCGAUCUGAGCGGGCAUCACUAGAAACAUCCCUGGAAGUUGCCAAGCAGGGCCUGGCUGCUGCAGCGACACGCACUGAGGAGCUGGAGUCGGAACUGGCAGUGGAGCGACAGCGUGGGGAUUCUGAACUCCUAGCCCGCCAGGCGGAAGUGGACGAGCUGCGGACCCAGGUUACUCAACUGUCAGCAGUUGAGGCAGCUCUCCGUGACUCGGCACAGGCAGCACAGGCACAGCUAGCCGACUACCGCGCCCAGGUUGAGAGCAAUGCGGAGCAGGCUGUGCGGCUAGCUGCACAGCUCAGGGAGCGCGAGUCUGAGCUGGCGACGUGUCGGGAGCAGCUGGUGACCAGCCAGCGGGAGGCUCAAGCAAGCCACGAAGAACUCGUGGCUGGCCGUGCUGAGAAGGUUGAGCUAGCACAAGCCGUGCAGGCGCUGCACCAAGCCAAGAGUCGUCUGGCUGACCAACUGUCCGCGCUUGAGCUCGAGGUGGGCAAUCUUCGUAACAACCAAGUGGCGCUCGAGGCCGACAGGACUGCAUUCGAGCUGGAGGCCGAAAACCUGCGAAAGAGCCACACAGAAAUGGAGGCCAGCCGUGUUGCACUUGAGACUCGGCUAGCUGAGCUUCAACGACAGUGCGACCAGCAGGCCUCCAAACAUCAGCAGGCGCUGCAAGGUCUCCAGGCAGAGCUGGCACGAGCACAGAACAAGGCCCUGCAGGCAUGCUCGGAUCUGGAAGCGGAGCAGCAGCGCAGUGCUCGGCAAGAGGCUGCCCUGGAGGCUCUGCGAGAGCAGCUGGCAUCUGAGCAGGCCAGCCGUCAAGUUGCCCAGACUCAGCUGGAUUCUGCCCAAGGAGACAAGCUAGAGCUGGAGGCCAAGUUGGAGAACGCCCUGGAUGAACGGAGGGCCCUGCUGGAUCGGUGCCUGCGAAGUGAGGGUGAAGCUGAAACGUUAAGAACAAAUGCUGCUGACUUGAGGCGCCGUCUGGAUGACUCCUUGGCCGCUUUGCACGAGCUGGGCCGAGAGAACCAGCUGCUGCAGAUAGACAACGCCAAGCACCACGGUCGGAAGUGGGCUGAUGACUCACAAGUUACUCACUGCACAGGGUGUAAGAAGCUCUUCACCGUCACCAUCCGAAAGCACCACUGCCGAAACUGCGGAAACAUCUUCUGCAACGAGUGCUCAGCAAAAAGUGCAGCCACGGCGUCGUACAGAAAGCCCGUCAGAGUGUGCGAUAACUGUUACAGUGAACUGACCAAAUGAGUGAUCCCGCAAAACUACUUCCAGAAGACAUAUUCAUUGAGACACGGGUGCCUGUCGAAGACACGCAGCACAACAGGAUAUAGCGUGCUCUUGUCUAUGUGUAGUGCAAUUUGUUUUGCGGCCAACUUUUAUGCAGAUGUGUUUUGCAGAACUGCUAAACAUCGUGUAUUUUCACAAUUGGACUCGUGAACGCAGUGCAUUUCGCAUCAAGUGCCAUCUUCAGUCCCUUCUAUGUGAAACUGCAUUCAGUGGCUUGCCACCUAUAUUAUAACAGGGACCUUGUCCACAUAGAAUCAAAUCACACUGUGAGCCUGCAUAGAAAAGGUGACGGGUGUAGCUUUACUAAUCUCGUCAGACCAAUUCUUGGGCAAGCUAAUAUAUAGACAUUUGUGCUUCUGCCUGUAGUCACGUGUACUUUUGUUAUGUGGUCAAGUUGACAGAUUUGUUGCAAUGAAUCUUUUUUCUUUAUUUUAGCUGUAGAGUAAAAUUGUGUAAUGAAUAACAUCGAAUGUUCCAGCUUGUCUGAAAUGCUUGUUGGCACAUAUAGUGUACGUGAACUAUUUACUUUUCUAGACUAACCAAAGAAGAGUAAUUCGCAUUGUAACCUUGUCGAAACAAUUUGUGUUUUUGAAUUCUGCCUGAAAAUUUCUGAUUGAACCCUCUGUCAUAAAGUGUAUAGAAAGUUAAUUUGCCUAAUAAAAACAUGUAAGGAAAUGAUGCCAGGGAAAUAUACAACUGCUAGCAAUACAAACUGUUUCAUUUGUAUGCAAAGCCAUUGUGUUAGCUUGAAAUUAUCGUUUCAUUAAAAUUACCUGUAUAAAUGUUUAAUUAUGCCAAAAUAUUGUGCUAGUUUUAGUUUAGCAGGCUUCAUGUGUUUGACACGGGAGGAAUGUAAGCACCGAUAGGAAUAGGAAAAGGAAGAACAGUUUUCAUUUGAUGAUACUAAUGGCCAGGUGAUUGGACGACAGACCAAACACCUGUCUAUGAACCAUCUGCCUAGCAUUACAAAAAUAAUCUUCUCAUUUGACUUGUUUUUAUUGAUUACUGCUAAUAAAUUUCAAUAUUAAUAGAGAA